GCCAGACAGAUCGGCUUCGCUGCGCUUACUCGGAAGUGUCUGGUUCACGUGACUGAAAGCAGGAGCGACAGCAAAACGGGCACUGAAGAAAGGGGGCACCAGGAUGGCACCUGCCCCCGAGGACACCCUGCCUGGCGUGUGCCAGAAGUUGGACCAUCUGAUUCUCCGGCUCAUGGAGGACUUGGAGUUCCUCAGCCAUAAGAGGGAUGCCAUGAACCAGCUGAUUGAGAAGGGGUGGCUUUUGCUCUCUCAGUCCCGGUACUCCAUGGGGAAUAAGUUUGUGUCUUCUCUCCAGUACAAACAGAACAUGGUGGCGUCCGUGGCGGUCCUGGACAGGCGCACGGAAGAUGGAGGUGCGGAGUUUGGGGUGGAACGCGUGGAGGCCACAGAACGAGACGCCAAGAACGGAAGAGAAAACCGGGAGGUGCAGGAGAUCGGGCCCUCUGAGUCAGGACUGCGUCACCGGAAAGGUCUCCCAGAAACAUCCAGAGCAGCCAGGGCAGAGCAAGAGGAAGAUGCCCGGGGGCACGGGCCGCCUCGUCCUCAGGACCCCUUACGCUGGUUCGGCGUUUUGGUUCCUCAGAGUUUGCGCCGCGCACAGAGCGCUUUCCGCGAGGGGAUCCUGUUGGCGGCGGACGUGGCCUCUUUACAGAACAGCAUCGAGAGCACACGGAACCAGUACCACGCUCUACUCAAACACAAACGGGAACUGCAGACGCAGGAUGUCUGAUGUGCCCAGCAAGGGGGCAACGCAAAGCGGGAGCAGACAGGGAGCGGCGGGCACUCUGGGCUCUCUCACUAUAAGUGUGUUUUCUAUACAAAGCGUAUUAAACUGCUGUAAACGUG